UGAACACCGCUUUUAUGAUAACAUCCGGCAGGAAAGGGGCGUGUUAUAAACUUAUAAAAGUUCUGCAAAGCUGCUAAUGAAAGCAGGAAACAACAGUUUGAUUCAAAUGAAUUAAAUGUUGAAUUAGGAGAUAAACGGGAAUUGUUUCCUUUUUAAUUUGAGAAAAUGGAACAAUUUAACGAAAUUCAAGAUAAACUCGAAAAAGCCAUUGAAAAAGAUGACACAAAUUCAACUAUAGAUAAAAGCAACUCCAAUAAACCAAAAACAAUUAUCAAACCCGACCCAACAAUCAGAGAAAGACUUGCAGAAAUCAUACAUUCACAAAAAUUCCAUAUUGCUGUCGUAGUACUGGUUGUCUUGGAUUGUAUCCUGGUAAUUGCAGAGUUACUCAUUGACUUGGAUGUAGUAAAACUGGAAGAUAAAGAAAAUCAUGAUGCCCCAAAAGUUCUUCAUUACCUCAGUAUAACAGUUCUGUCUUUGUUCAUGGUUGAAAUUGGUGUCCGUAUUUUUGUUAUGAGAUUAGAAUUUUUCAAGCACAAGUUGGAAGUUUUUGAUGCCAUUGUUGUCAUUGUGUCAUUCAUACUUGACAUUGUGUUCCGUAAUCAAGAAGGUUCAGCAACUGGUGUUGGUUUAUUGGUUGUGUUAAGAUUGUGGCGAGUCACCAGAAUAUUAAAUGGGAUAGUGAUGUCUGUAAAGGCUCAGGCUCAGCGUAAAAUAGAGCAUGAGGUAGCACUGAGAGAAGAAUGUGAGAAAAAACUCACACAGAUGAUGUCCACCAUACAGAAACUUCAAGAUAUACUAAAACAGAAUGGUAUUAAUGUACCAGAAAACUGAAGAUGUUUUUACAAAGUGUGAUUAUAUUGAUAUCACAAUGUCAAUAAUCUAGCUGUUGCUCUUUCCCUUUCUCAAAUGUUAUUAGGAGUAGGAGGUAAUUAGCCUUUCUGUAUGCCCAAAUCAAAAUAUGGUCGUAUAUUGUCAUCAACUCUGUCAGUCUGUCCCAUAGUCGCUUGUGGCGCUCUAGAGGCUAAAGUUAAUAUCUGAUUUAAAUUAAAUUUACCUGUAUACACAGGGUUUAUGGUUAUAAGACGAAGAAGCUAGAGUUACGGCCUUUGAUCAAUUUGAAAAAUCUUGUUGAUGCUUUAGAGACCGAAGUCAACAUCUUAUUGACUUGAAAAUGCACAAUGUUAAUGUUCAUGAGAUAAAGAAGCUGUUUGAUUUUCAAGGAUUUCUGAUAACUUAAACAGCUUAGUUCAUGAUAUUUACAUGCUUUAUAUAAUGAAUGUUAGCAUUGGGCAGAACCAGCUAGAGAAGCCAACAAAUUCUAAUGAUUCAUGAUAAUUACUUAAAGAUACAUUAUGGGAGAUUUUUUACAGAGAAUUGGCCAUUCUUGCUAUAA